AAUCUAGCAAUUCGAUUCUUGGAAGCGAUGGCCGAUAAUUUUAAAUUUGAGGAGGCCUUUAACAGCCAAACUUUGCGUGGACGCGCCAACGUUGCCAAGGCCACCUGGGCCUCAGUUGGCCUUAUCUAUAUGUUUGUAAAGUUGCAUCGUCGUAGUGCCAAGCGUCGUGAGGAGCGUCUUUAUUGCAGGAGCUGCCUAAUGAAGAUGCAUCCCAAGCUUUAGAUGACAAACCCACAGCGCGGUCAACAACCGCGGCACCAACAGCGAAGACGCUCUUUUGUUACAUGCUGCCAAGUUAUGAAGUUGCCAAAUUUCUUGUAUCUUACUGAGUUAAAUAAAUUCCAUUCGUUUCGCUGCCACCGAAAAAUGAG